UCUCUCCCCAGCUGGCUGGAGGCGUGAUCCUGGGCGUGGCCCUGUGGCUCCGCCAUGACCCGCAGACCACCAACCUCCUCUACCUGGAGCUGGGAGACAGGCCCGCACCCAACACCUUCUACGUGGGUAUCUACAUUCUCAUCGCCGUGGGCGCCGUGAUGAUGUUCGUUGGCUUCCUGGGCUGCUACGGGGCCAUACAGGAGUCCCAGUGCCUGCUGGGGACGUUCUUCACCUGCCUGGUCAUCCUGUUUGCCUGUGAGGUGGCCGCCGGCAUCUGGGGCUUUGUCAACAAAGACCAAAUCGCCAAGGACGUGAAGCAGUUCUACGACCAGGCCCUGCAGCAGGCCAUCGUGGACGACGACGCCAGCAACGCCAAGGCCGUGGUGAAGACCUUCCAUGAGACGCUCAACUGCUGUGGCUCCAGCUCGCUGUCUGCCAUCACCACCUCGAUGCUGAAGAACAGCCUGUGCCCCUCGGGCAGCACCGUCAUCAGUAACGUCCUGAAGGAGGACUGCCACCAGAAGAUCGACGACCUCUUCUCGGGGAAGCUGUACCUCAUCGGCAUCGCGGCCAUCGUGGUCGCCGUGAUCAUGGUGAGGGCGGGCGCGGCCUCUGCCCGGGGCGGCCCCUCCCCGGCCCUGGCGCUGACCGUGCCACCCUCCCUGCAGAUCUUCGAGAUGAUUCUGAGCAUGGUGCUGUGCUGCGGCAUCCGGAACAGCUCUGUGUACUGAGGCCCGCUCGGCACCGGCCCGCGGGCGCCGCCGUGUAUAUACCGUCCCCUACUACUCUGCUCCACUUGGCCUUCUCAUCGCGAGGUUCUGGUUUUGUGCUGAACUCUCCCGUUACCCUUCCGGGACCGGCGUCACGCGUAGGUGGCGUGUGCAAGUGGAGCCGGGCCCAGGGCCUCGGGGACUGCAGGGCAGGGUCCUUCCGCCCAGCCAGGCCUCUCUUGGGGGCCGCCCGCCCUGGCUCCGCGAGGCCGAGCUGGGGCAGUUGCCCACCUGCCCGUCCCGGGCCGCCUGGCUCACACCUUUUUAAUCUUGUUCCUCCUCUCCCUGUUCGAGCCGGGCCUGCGAGCACUCUUCUGCUUUCAGUGCACCUAUCCUUUCUAACAUGUCACCUUCAACUGUAAUUACAUCUCGAGACAGUCAUUUAAUAAAGAAGGAAAAACCAGGCAUGCUAA